AUGGUAUUGCUCUCUCGUCACAUCCGCUCCGUUGCCCCUCUGGCCUCUCGGGGACUUUGCACGUCCUCAAAGGCAUCUUUCCUCGCUGCUCGACCCGCAUUCAGCCGGGCCUCCCCAGCAUCCUCGACUCUCCCUCGCAAACUGCCUGGCCAACUCAAUUCGAUCCGCACACUAACAACUACUCGCCAAAACCAGGUCAAGGUUCUUGCAGUCCUCUACGACGGCGGUCAGCACGCCAAAGACCUUCCCGGCGGAGCUUUGCCCCGCCGUUUGGCUGAGCUUAGUGCGGGGAUGACGGGAAGGUGCGGGGCUCGGAGGUCGAUCGCAGAUACAUCGGCAUCCUCUCGACCCCUCCCGUCAUCCACCCUCCACCCUCACCCCUCCCCCAACUUCUUGGCGAUGUGCAAGCUCCGAAACUCCCAAUGCGGGGUCCCCGGCCUUUUGGGAACCACCGAGAACGAGCUCGGCAUCCGCAAAUGGCUCGAGGAUCAGGGCCACACUCUGGUCACCACCUCGGACAAGGAGGGCGAGAACUCAAAGUUUGACCAGGAGCUCGUCGACGCCGAGAUCAUCAUCACCACCCCCUUCCACCCCGGCUACCUCACCGCCGAGCGCCUCGCAAAGGCAAAGAACCUCAAGCUCGCCGUCACCGCCGGCAUCGGCUCCGACCACGUCGACCUCAACGCCGCCAACAAGACCAACGGCGGCGUCACCGUCGCCGAGGUCACCGGCUCCAACGUCGUCUCCGUCGCCGAGCACGUCGUCAUGACCAUCCUCGUCCUCAUCCGCAACUUCGUCCCCGCCCACGAGCAGAUCGAGCGCGGCGACUGGGACGUCGCCGCCGUCGCCAAGCAGGAGUACGACCUCGAGGGCAAGACCGUCGGCACCGUCGCCAUCGGCCGCAUCGGCGAGCGCGUCCUCCGCCGCCUCAAGGCCUUCGACUGCAAGGAGCUCCUCUACUACGACUACCAGCCCCUCUCCGCCGAGAAGGAGGCCGAGAUCGGCUGCCGCCGCGUCGAGGACCUCGAGGAGCUCCUCGCCCAGUGCGACGUCGUCACCAUCAACGCGCCCCUGCACGAGAAGACCCGCGGCCUCUUCAACAAGGACCUCAUCUCCAAGAUGAAGAAGGGCUCCUACCUCAUCAACACCGCCCGCGGCGCCAUCGUCGUCAAGGAGGACGUCGCCGACGCCCUGAAGUCGGGCCACCUCGCCGGCUACGGCGGCGACGUCUGGUUCCCCCAGCCCGCGCCCGGCGACCACUCCCUCCGCACCGCCAAGAACCCCUUCGGCGGCGGCAACGCCAUGGUGCCCCACAUGUCCGGCACCUCGCUCGACGCGCAGAAGCGCUACGCCGACGGCACAAAGGCCAUCAUCGACAGCUACCUGAGCGGUCGCGAGGACUACAAGCCCGAGGACCUCAUCGUGCACAAGGGCGACUACGCCACCAAGGCGUACGGCCAGCGCGAGAAGAAUCUGGCGGCGCCCCUAGGUGGCAAUCCAAGACCCGUUGGUAGUGGUCGUCAGGCGAAAGGAGAAUGGGGUCGACCCGAGGCUCGCGGCGUGCUUCCGUCCAGCUCUCAGCAUGCCAUCUCUCUGCCAAAGCAGCAAGAUACGGAGCUAAACUCUGCCUCUUUUGUCUUGUUGCUGCCACGCUCGCACGCGCGGGCGAUUUUGCCCAAGACGACUCGACUCCGCCACGUGAGCGUGAUCGUGAGCCGUCAUAGUCACACGUAG